UUGAGUGUGUCUUGGUCAAGGACUUCGCAAUAUGGUCAGAAGAGGUAUUGCAGGCGCAUGCAGAUGCCGCUGCCAUGAUUUGGGCCAUGGGAACGAACACUGGGAGCCUCACUGCUGACCUGGAGUGUCCCUUGCCUUCUUGGAAAGCAUGGCACGAGUAUUGGAAACAAAACCCAGCAGGCCCGGAUUUAGAUAUGUCCAUUUAAGCGGCAAAUUUGUACGUCAGAACCAAGAAGAGAAGCUGUGGUUUCUAGACAAACCGCGCAAGAUCAAGGGCUUGCUUGAGACCAGAGCUCUCGCAUUCGCAGAGAGUCAUGCCACCAUAUGGGAGACUUUCAUCGUGAAGCCAGGAGGAAUUGCACCGUCGUCAAGUUGAAUCAAGCUUAGCAGAAUCAAGCAUUCUAGACCAUCCAACGAGCAAGCUUCGUCUUCGUGGGAUAGG